AUGUCCAAGCAGCCUUGUAAUAGCCUCAAAGUCACCUCGAUUACACAAGCUGGGGACACUGAAGAGCUUCACCAGCUUCACCCGCGGGCUUCCUCAACGUUUUUUUUCCCCAAGCCAACCCUGCCAAUCAGUGAUGCAUUUUCUAAGGACAACCAGGUGUGGUUGAAACUGCAGCAUAAGCCACUUGGGAAAGGAGAUUGCAAGACGCACCUCCACAGACGGCUAAGGCUGCAGUCGCUGAAAACAGAUGUUUCCGUUCACGACUCAGGUUUGUACUGCCAUUUUGAAGACAUGAAGAACAUGAUGCAGGCGUUGGAGGCCACCCAAUGGGGUGAGGCCAGGGUGGUGCCCUAGCUGCAGCCCUUCCACGUGGAGGACCUAGCCAGACUGAACGAGCUGCGCUGA